AUGGACGAAGGGCUCGACCCCUCCUCCGAGACGGCCUUCUCGGCCGUCUCCCAGUUCCUGAGCAGCGCCGCUGCCGCCGACACAAUCUCGCGCGCCACGACCCCGGGCUUGCCUCCGUCGGGCGAGUCUGACGACCAGAAACGAUACCGCCCACGCACCUUUGCCUACUUCGAGCUGCUUCCAUAUGACGUCGAGGAGGAAGGCGAGCGGGACGCUGCGCUGCACGGUAUCCUUAAGCAGCUCUACAUCUCCAUCAAGGCCGAGGACUUCUCGUCCGGCGCCUUGCACUGGACCCGGCAGCUUCAGGGAUGGCUCGCCCUCAAGUUUGACAUGCCCCGUCAGCUGAGGGCCAAGCUCGCCACGCUCUACUUCCACUUGUCCCUGGCGCCAGGACUCGACUCUUCCACGGCGGACAGGUUCGCCAAGAUGGUCUCAACACUGACCAGGAGAAAGCAAUGCUUAAAACCGCAAGACGACCUCACGUACGACUGGCGACCGUUAUGGAAAGAGAUCAGAGCUCUCGUACUCCCUAGCGAGGCACCUGCACACCACUCCUCCCGUCGGCGAGGACUGAAACACCUAUGGAAGCUAUGCCUGCAGGCCCAGUCAUACUUCGACCCCAACGAGAGGCGGGCUAUGCUCGAAGAGCUCCUGCCAUACUUCAGCACCUCCGACAUCCAGAACGCAUACAUUGUUGUUGGCACACUGAAUAUUCUGAUGCCUACACGCCCUGCGUCCAUCACAGAACCCCAGUCACAGCCUUCGGAUUUUGUGCCGACUUUCUUCCACCUCUGGUCGCUGAUGACCAGGUCCAAGGCUGUCGACACUGCAUUCAUCGACAUCUUCUCGAGAAUGGCUCGGGACUACCUUACAUGGCAGCCUGUGCCCUUUGGAGAGCACGGCAUCUUCACGAGAGAGCAGUCCGAUCUCAUAUUCACGGCCAUAUUGCGCCUCACAGAAAUCCCCGUCGGCCAGGCCAACUCGCCAUACACGUCGCUAGACUACUCAGCGGGCAUGGGUAUCUUCCUCGAGAAGGACAAGAAGAAGCAUCCGAUUUCAUACAUUGUCGCUAGGUGGAUCGUAUCGUCUUUGUCGCCACAAUGCAUUGACAAGGAUAGCUCGAUCUUGAGCAGCCUCGAAGGCUUGAUGGAGUCCGUUGACACAUUCUUCCACCCUUCAAACAGUGGCGCCUGGACUGUGAUGCUGGCUCAGCUCACCUUCUACCUCACCGAGCUAUUUGUGUCCCGCUGGAACAAGGAACAGCGCGGUGAGCAAGACACGCCUUCAGACAGGAAGAUUGAUGAGGCUUUGAAGAAGCGGUUUGUGCUCAGCCUGCGCGAGGUCACAUUCAUGGGUCUGUUCGGCAAGAGCAGCAAGGUCACUGGCAUGUACUUUGGGGCGCUACAGAAUCUGACCUUCCUUGAGCCCGAUUUGAUGUUGCCUGGUGCUUUGCAGAGGUUCUACCCAAGCUUGCAGGGCCUUGUUGAGGUGCACAGGACAACGUCUAGUCUCUGCGGCCUCCAGAUGAUCGCCAACGUCAUGUCGCGGCAGAAAGGCUUCCGCUGCCACAUCACGGCGCUUCUCGCCCUCGCCCUGCCCGGAAUUGAUGCCAACGACUUACACAAGACCCAGUAUACCCUCAACUUCUUCCAGAGCGUGGCGUACAGCAUUCCCUUCGUGCCGCUCACGAAAGAGGACAACAAAAUCCACGACACAUCGCUAGCCAUGCAGUGGGUCCAGGGCGAGAUGGAGCGCAUGGAGCGGGAGGGUUCAGACGUCAAGAUUGACUACCAGAAUGAGCUCAGUGACGAGGAGGAAGCCGAUAUUGUCCGGUCCUCUACCGCCGGUUUCGGCGAAUUCCUGCUGGCAUUGCUGGGCAAGGUCUUCACGCUGCUCGAGAACCUCCCCGACUCGUCCCAGUUGAGGUCUGGGUCGCCAGAGGACAAUAUUAUAAACACCUUGCCGGCGGCGCUGACCCCAAUGUUUGCUUCACUGUCAGAUGACCUGUUCGACAUCGCGCUUGAGAAGCUCGCAACGUUUGUUUCAACACAUGUGGUCCAUCAGGCUAGGGAUGCUAUGGCGUGGAUCUGCAACGCCCUCUGCAAAGUCCAUCCCGAAAAGACGCUGAAGGUCUUCAUCCCGAUGCUGAUCGUCAACAUUCGCAACGAAAUCGACUACAACGGGGCCGCCUCGGAUCGCAGCAGCGGCACCGAAAUCCUACCUCGAGACCGGGCCCUUGUCUGGCACGUCAGCAUACUCAGCAUGUGCGUUGUCCACGUCGGCAGCGAGGUUCUGAAGUACAAGGAAGAGCUGUUCAACAUUGCCGAGUAUAUGCAGGAGAAGUGCAAAGGUCUGCCCACCAUCCACAUCAGCAACUACAUCCACCACCUGCUGCUGAACCUCACCCAUGUGUACCCCGUCGACAACCGCUUGUACGAGCCUGACGUUCUCGAGCGCGGCCUAGAUGUCAGCGACUGGGGGCAAGUCACCGCUCCCUCGGACCUGACAAUUCGGUGGCACAAGCCCGUACCCGAGGAGAUUGAGUUUGCGGUGGAGCUAUUCGAGUCCCAAGCAGGUGGCGCCAUGAAAACUUUGGAGGAUUUUAUGAGCGACACACCGCCGGUCAGCCGCAACGGCAAGAACAAGGAGUGGUCAGAUGAGGUCUCGAGGCAGCUCACACAAUUACGCCUGGUCAUUUCUGGCAUUGCGAACCUGUUUGACCCCACGCGUGCUUCUGGGGAGACGCGCCCCCGCACCAAUGGCACCAAAGACAACGAUGGUGACGAUCUGAUGCAGGACGACACCAGCGAUGACGACGAGGAUGAUCCGCUUGCUGAUGUUGGGGAGGAUGAUGAGACGAAGCCGCAAUUCCGUUACCAGAGCGGGUAUUUGCUGUCCACUACCAGUUCACUGUACAACCGGAUGCAUGAGCUUCGUGAGGACAUUGGCCGCCUGCUGUCGCGCACUCACUCCUUCCUGAAUGCGCACCAGGAGGACGAUGUUUCCUGCUUCACCUCUCUGUACAGCACGUAUCGUACUUGGAUUACGGACGUAGGGUUCGAGAGGUCGGCUCAUCCACUGGAGCGCCUGGUCCGUCUCUACAAAGCCGAUGUGGCACCAUUUAAGAUCAGUGGUCUGCGGAAGCAGUAUCCCCGACCUCUAUUGAUCAAGCGGGCGGACGCGUACCAGCUGCAGCGAGUCAAGCACAAUGCCACCAUCCGCCGCAAGAGCGAGCUCGACAAGCAGCUGCUACUGGAUCUGGCCGAGUCAUCGCUGUCAUUGUAUGCUGACGUGCGCAGGGUCGCACAGGGUGCCCAAGACGCAUCUGUUAAGGUCUUGAUUGGCGGGCGGCCAUUGGUCAUUCCCGUCAUCUUACAAAGAUUCCGCAAGGCGCUUGAUGAGAACGACCAUGACCGUAUCAAGGGCGCCAUGUACACCCUCUUCUUUACAAGUUUGCUCAAGACACUUCUCCGAGACUGGAGAUUCGCUCCAGAUGCCAUGCGCAUGUACAUCCAGACUGCUGCUGUGGACAAGAGCUCUAUCCAGAACGUCGGAGCCACUGCCCUCUAUCCCCUGAUUGAGUUCGGGAAAAGGAUGGAGAUCAUGGUUAUCACCGAUGACGAGAUAGUGGAUCUCAUUCGUCCGGAAGAAGACUGUACCGCUGCCAUUGAAAGCAAGCAUGAGUUUGUCGUCGAUCGGCGGAGGCAGGUUGAGGCUAAAAAAGCUGCUCUGGGUCUCGAGCUGAUCGAGGAGGCUAAGGAGAAGCACUGGAAGAUUGCCAGUCGCUGCGCCAUCUUCGCCACGAAUCUGACCUUGCGCUUCGAGACGCUCGUACCCCCUCAGUUCAUCGAUCUGGUGGGCAGGGGUGCCAAUGAUUCGCAUCCGGGACUGCGAGCCAGCUAUAUGACGGCCUUCUCCAAUAUCUUCACGGCCAUUGAUCAGCGAGCUGUGUACAACCACUCCUACAAGGACUAUCUCCUUGAGAACGAGCACGAACCCAACAAGCUGACUGUCCCGAUCCCGAAGGACGAUCCCAACUGGACGCAGAAGUUCCUCGACAGCUUCAAGGACUACGAGCACGCCGAAUACUUUGUCGACAGUGACCAUGCCGGCUGGCUAGUGUGGGGCGACACCAUGAAGGCGUUCCGCACCAAGCCGCAUCGCUUCGAUGCCUAUGACGAGGUUGAGAAGGCUGCCCGGAAGCAGAUUGGCGAUAUAGUCACGCGCGACUGGCUGGCGCAGUGCUUCGAGUACCUGAAGCAGGAGCCUCGGGACCACUCUUCAGACAGAUUCCGCAGCCAAAAUGUCAUACUUCUGAUGCAUGUGUUCGACCUCAUGAACUACGGCCAAACGAAGCUCAAGUUCAAGGAUGUCGAGGAGCUGACGCUCGAGGUCUAUGGAGACGGCAGCGACAAGCACCAACACCGCGCGACAUCAGAGAUCCUCGGAGCCCUCCUGGCUGGCACUUCUGAUGACCCUAUCGAGAUGAAGGAGCAGUCUUGGGGAUUCGCCCAGCCUUUGAUUCUAAAGAUCUUUGCUGAGAGCCUGACACCCGAGAACUUGCAGUACUGGAUUACCUGCCUGCACUUUAUCAUUGACACGAAGGAUCCUCGGCGAGCGCAUGAGCUUGUCGAGAGCAUCAGCUCGUUCCGCCUCGACAUGUCGUCCAAUGCGGCAUUCAAGGAGUCGUCCAAGGUACAGCUGCUAGAGUUCCUGAUCAACGACUGCGGUUGGCACUACCGGCACGAGAAGCCCAUUCUGCAAGACUUCCUGGCUCACAUUGACCACCCAUAUAAGUCUGUGCGUGAGUCUAUGGGUCGGGUGAUAUCGACCAUCUAUCGCACACGCUACCACGAGUCUUUCAGGGACGUGAGCACCCUGCUUGAGGCUAACAAGGCCGAGUCGAGCAUCGGCAUUCGACCGUACAAGCCUAGCGAGGAUCUCUCGAAGACUUUUACUGAAGUGUUUGACCAGCUGGAGAAGUGGCGUCUCGAACGCACUCCUGGCCAACAGACCCCGUCGGCGUACACUUCCGGAUCCAAGACGGUCUUGACCUGGCUCGACUGCUCGCUUUCCUCUCAAGAGUGCAUUCAGCUCGUGCCGUUCUUCCACGAGCAGCUUAUCGACCAGCUUCUACACAUGAUGGAUGUCAAGGAGGAUCCGGAGCUGAUGCGCCUUGCUUACCAUGUGUAUCGCCAUCUGCCCAACAUCCCCUUCCGUGCAGGCGAAGACGGCCCAUUCACAGCAGCGCUCACGCGACUCGGCAAGAGUGCGACUAGCUGGCAUCAGCGUCUGCGGGCACUCGUCAACAUGCAGGUCAUCUACUUCCGCCGGCUGUUCCUCAUGAACCCGGACCAGCGCGAGGCCUUGUUCAAUGCGGUGGGCGAUAUGCUUUCCGACUCACAGCCAGAGGUGCGGCAAGUCGCUGCGGCCACGUUGGCCGGCAUGAUCCGGUGCUCUCCUGUGGGCAUUCGCAAUCCCAUCAUCGAGACGCUCAAGGCGCGCUUCGUCCGCCAGCUCGACAAGAACCCGAUGCCGAAGCGCAAGCAGCCCGGUGUGGAGACCCCGAUCAACCACUCGCUCCAGAUUGUGCGCAGGCAUGCGGCGAUUUUGGGUCUCGGCGCGCUCAUCGAGGCCUUUCCUUACGCGACGCCGCCGCCGCAGUGGAUGCCGGAGAUCCUGGCCAUUCUGGCGCGCCGCGCGGCCAACGACCCCGGUAUCGUGGGCAAGGCGACAAAGGGCAUCCUGGCCGAGUUCAAGAAGACGCGGCAGGACAGCUGGGGCGUUGAUCAAAAGUAUUUCACGCCCGAGCAGCUCGAAGACCUCGAGGGCGUCUUAUGGAAGAGCUAUUUUGCCUAG